AUGCGACAAAUCCACGGUGACAGCCACCCAGAAGUCAGAAAUGGGUUCAAUAACUACGUGAAUAUCAUUCUGCAAGAGCUGAAAGAGGGAGCGUGUGAAAAGGCCAUCGAAUACUACCAAAAGGCGCUCGACAUCUUCACGUUGAACGGCCCUGAGAUCUAUACGAAGAUCUUCCAUAUACCGCACAUAAAUUUGGCGGGAUCUUAUCAAGUUUUACAGCAGUACGACAAAUCAAUUGAACACGCAGAACAGAGUCGCAAAUGGGCAGUCGCAUUUCUGGGAGAGGGUUGUCAUUUUGAUGGAGUGUAG